AUGGUGUUGCGACGGCUUCUCCUUGGUUCGAUCAUCUCCAGCCUGUACCUCGUCGUCGGGCAAACGAUUACUUGCUAUAAUUGCACCAGCUCGCGGACGUGCAGCCCGUCGAAAGAUGUGUGUACGGCAACGGCUUGUUAUAUUGUAACCGAAGACAACUAUAUGGCGAGUGGAUGCGCGACAGACGCCGUCACCUUCACCGUAAACAAUACGAACGUCGCCGGACUGUGCUACAGACCGGAUAAUAUCACAAGAGUCUGCGCUUGUCAUACAGCAUCUUGUAACACCCGCCUCGAUUCUGACGCGUUUCCAGACGUGAAUAUGACCAUUCUACAGUCAUUGAAUAUUUCUAGUUUAAUGGAGUACAUUGACUUUGGCCUAGAUCGCCCAGCAACCUCCGGUGACGCAAGCGUCGGUUGUGACGACUGGCGCCCCGGAAACCACGACAAAAGCCGGACUACGCAACGCUCCUAU